AUGGGAGUCGUCAUUGCAAUUUGGUCUCCAAUUGUCCUGGUAUAUUUUAUGGAUGCACAAAUAUGGUAUGCUAUAUUUUCUACUAUUUUUGGUGGAAUUCAUGGUGCUUUCAGCCAUUUGGGUGAGAUACGGACAUUGGGGAUGUUGCGGUCUAGAUUUGAAUCUGUUCCUAGAGCCUUUUGUCGUCGUCUUGUUCCAUCAUCAAAUCAUCAUAACAGAAAAAGGUCUCUGGAUGAGGCAACAGAAAGAAAGAAUAUUGCAAGUUUUUCUCUGGUUUGGAAUAAGUUCAUACUUUCUAUGAGGAUGCAGGAUCUGCUCAGGAAUAGAGAGAGAGAUUUGCUUCUUGUACCAUCUUCAUCAAGUGAUGUCUCUGUUGUCCAGUGGCCCCCUUUCUUGCUUGCUAGCAAGAUUCCUAUUGCAUUGGACAUGGCAAAAGAUUUUAAAAAGAAGGAUGAUACAGACUUGUUUAAGAAGAUAGCGGCUGAUGAUUAUAUGCACUCAGCAGUCAUAGAAUGUUAUGAAACUCUCAGAGAUAUAAUAUAUAACCUUCUGGAAGAUGAAGCGGACAGGAUGAUUGUUAGAGAGAUUUGUUAUGAAGUCGACCUUAGCAUACAACAGGGGAGAUUUUUGACAAACUUUCGGAUGAGUGGGCUGCCUGCAGUCAGCAAUAGGUUGGACAAGUUUCUAGGGAUCUUGCUUUCCGAUAUGGAAGAUGCUGAUACAUUCAGAUCUCAGAUAAUCAAUGUACUGCAGGAUAUCAUGGAAAUUAUAACACAGGAUGUUAUGCUCAAUGGCAGUGAAAUCAUUGGAAGAGCUCACCGUCAUGGUCGAAGUGCUCAAUAUGACAGGAAAGAGCUGAGAUUUGAAAAGAUAAAUAUUAGCCUUAUACAACAGAAGAUGUGAAGGGAGAAGAUCAAUAGGCUAUAUUUGCUUUUGACUGUUAAAGAAUCAGCUAUAAAUGUGCCUCCAAAUCUGGAGGCUCGGCGCCGGAUCACAUUUUUUGCAAACUCCUUAUUUAUGAAUAUGCCAAGUGCUCCGAAAGUCCGUGACAUGCUUUCAUUUAGUGUUUUGAAUCCAUACUACAAAGAAGAUGUUCUUUAGUCAGAUGAGCACCUCCAUAAAGAAAAUGAGGAUGGAAUAUCAAUUCUGUUUUAUUUGCAGAGAAUAUAUCCUGAUGAGUGGAACAACUUUCUAGAGCGAGUGCCAUCUGUUGCA